UUCUGUAAUCAUGAAAAGACGCCAUGUUUUGCCCCUCUACUUUCUCCCAACGUUUGUUUACGACGAACGAUUCCAUUUAUUCGAGGUUAAAGAAUCAAAAUUCCGUUUCUACGCUGUGCAAAUUACCAAUUGAAACAUGGAAACAAUAUUGGAACAGCAGCGAAGAUAUCAUGAAGAACGUGAGCGUUUAGUCGAUGCCAUGGUGAAGGAAAUGCUCUUCAAAAAAUCAACAUAUCGUGAAGGUAUUAACUCGGACCAUCGAUUAAAAUAUCUCCUGGACAAGUACAUUGAAGGUACAGGGCGUUUAAUCGAUUUGUAUGAAGAUAAAGAUGGUGUUCGAAAGGCUGAAGUUGCUGCACUUACUGGACCUAAUGAAUUUCAAGAGUUUUACAACAGGUUGAAGCAAAUUAAAGAUUUCUACAGGAAACAUCCAAAUGAGAUCAGUGUUCCAAUGUCAGUUGAAUUUGAUGAAUUGACCAAGGCCAGAGAGAAUCCAAGUGAAGAAAUGGCCAAUAUGGUGGAAUUUUCUGAUGAAGAAGGCUAUGGAAAGUUCCUUGAUCUUCAUGAGUGCUAUGAAAAGUACAUUAAUUUGAAAGGCAUUGAAAAACUGGAUUACAUUACUUACCUGGGAAUGUUUGAUCAACUGUAUGACAUUGCAAAAGAGCGCAAAACAGGCGAAUAUCGUCGAUAUUUACUCUCGUUGAUUGAGUAUCUCACUUGGUUUGUUCAAAGGAUUAAACCUCUAAUGGAUAUGGAAACCGAGUUGCGCAGGGAAGCAGAUGUGGUGCUGGUACAAUGGGAAUCAGGAUCAGUUCCUGGAUGGCCGAAAGAAACGGGUUCUGCUCUUGCUAAUGUCGGUGCCCAUCUAGAACUCUCCGCAUUUUCAUCCUGGGAGGAACUCGCCUCUUUAGGUCUUGACAGAUUAAAAUCCGCUUUGAUGGCGCUGGGUUUAAAAUGUGGUGGGACUUUAGAAGAACGCGCGCAAAGACUUUUUGCUACCAAAGGCAUGACUUCUUUGGAUCCAUCAUUGCUAGCAAAAAACAAAGCUGGCAGAGCAUCGAAAGAAAAAGAACAACUACGCCAUCGUGAGUUGGCGUGUAUGGAAGCACAGGUUUACCGCUUAGCCGAGUUGGUUUCCGUUCAACGUGCGGCUACGAAAGAGAACGUACAACGUAAACAGGCGCGCACAGAUGGGGAAAGAGACGAUAGUGAAAACGAGGAGAGUGAUGAGGAGAGUAUUGAAGAUGAUUCCGAUGAAGUGCCGUAUAAUCCGAAGAAUUUACCGCUUGGAUGGGACGGAAAGCCUAUUCCAUAUUGGUUGUACAAACUCCAUGGUUUGAACAUCAGUUACAACUGUGAAAUUUGUGGUAAUUAUGUGUACAAAGGACCGAAAGCCUUUCAGCGACAUUUUGCUGAGUGGAGACACGCGCAUGGUAUGAGGUGCUUAGGCAUCCCGAAUACAGCGCAUUUUGCUAAUGUCACACAAAUUGAGGAUGCGUUAGCACUAUGGGAGAAACUUAAGGUUCAGAAGCAGACGGAACGUUGGCAGCCGGAGACCGAAGAGGAAUACGAAGAUUCUCAAGGAAAUGUUGUCAAUCGGAAGACUUACGAGGAUCUCAAGCGACAGGGACUGCUUUAAUUUAGAAACAUUUUAUUGCUUAAUUUUAUAAAUACUUACUAUUAUAACAAUUGUCUUGUCUUGUCAUGUCACAAAAGAGAUGGAAACAGCAUUUUUCGGUUAUAAUUAUAUGUAUUUUGUUUAUACCUAAUCUUUACAUUUGCAUUCAGUGGGAAUCAGGAUUAGAACAUGAGCAUAAUAUAAUUAAGCUUAAAAAAGUGUGUAUUAGGUGCAUAUUGGGUUGCUUAUUAAUUAUAGAAAAAAUUGAUUUUAUUUGAACAUGUUUUAAAUUAAUAUUUAAUGUUUAAAUACAAUGAUAUUAUUUUAUGAAUAAAUUUUGUACCUUUAGAAAGUAUAA